AUGGAAAACGCGCCAGGGUUGAACAUGCCCUUUGUGGAGGCGGAGGAUGUAAAUAUGUGGGCUCACAGGAGGCCUUGCAAGUUACGGUCGGCACAAGGCGAUGCGGUAUCAGAGGAAUCAAAGACACUAUUAGAAAAAGCUCAGGAGACAGAGCUGAAACCUGUACCCUUUACCACCCGGGUGGUUAGCUCGUUGAUUGCGAUGCUCCAGGGCGUGGAGGUGUUGUGCAAUUUGGCAAUUCUUUACUUGUUUAAGGACGACUUCAAAAUAGAUCCUGCGCUGCUAGCACUGGUCUUAGGGUCCCUGAGGCUCCCAUGGACAGUCAAACCUCUUUGGGCUGUCAUGGCAGACAACAUGCCCUUGUUCGGCUAUAGAAGGAAGUCUUACAUCUUCCUUGGAGCCUCUAUGUGCAUCGUUGCUACACUUGGGAUCGGCCUGGGGGGAUACAAGUCGCUGGCUGCAACCACUGCUCUUCUUUUGCUGUAUUUCUGGGGCUCCGCUGUGUGCAAUGUCAUUGGGGAGGCUCUGGUUGUUGAGGCAGGCAGACGAGACGCAAGCGAAGAGGGCACAGCACGCACUGUAUCAGUCUUUUUUGCCUUCCGGAAAAUCAGUUUCGCCACUGUCUCUUACCUCUCCGGGCUGCUCCUAGCCAUCAUGGCAAAACAGUACGUCUUCGUGGUCGCAGCAGCGCUACCAGCAGCCGUCGUCAUUGCGAACUUUUGGCUGGAAGAGCCCCAGGCAAAGGUGUUGCCGGUGAAGCAGCAGUUUAAGGAACUCAUAAAGGUUCUCAAGCAGCCAACGCUUCUGAAUUCUACUCUCUUUAUAUUUAUUAUGAUGGCGACUCCUUCCGCGGGUUCGAUCAUGUUUUACUUCAUGACGAACGAGCUGCACUUUGGUCCCGAGCUUCUUGGGAGAAUGGCACUCUUUCAGAGCAUCGCGUCUCUGCUGGGAAUUUUGGUCUACAUGCACUUCUGCAGCACCACUUCCAUUCGCAAGCUGCUCUUUGUUUCCACAGUGGCAAUAACUCCGUUUUGCCUCCUGCCAGUUGUUGUAAUUGAACGAUGGAAUGUACCCCUUGGCAUUCCAGAUUCAGUUUUCGUCGUGACAGACACUGUACUGAUGGAAUUCGUCGGGGAAUUCCAGGCGAUGCCUAUUCUGGUCUUGGCGGCGCGUUUGUGCCCCCCGGGCCUCGAGUCGACGAUUUACUCGGUUCUUCUUUCCGCUUAUAACUUGGGGCUGGGUCUCGGGUCCCUUGUCUCCGCAGGGCUAACGGCGGCCCUGGGAAUUUCGUCGACGAACUUUACGGGGCUGUCCGCCCUCACAGUCAUCUGUGCGCUGUCUAAUUUGCUACCGCUUUGCCUUAUAUGGAUGAUCCCGGCGACUGCGGAGGCCCCGCUAGUGCCUGUAGUGGCGAAAUCUACUCCCCAUCUUCCCUCAAAAGCAGAGGACAGCGCCUCAACUGCAGCGGAGUCGGACGGCGGGGCUGCGGCGUCGCCUUCAAGCUCAGAUGUAGAGGCAGGCAGCUCGUGGAGAGCCAGUACCAGCGGCCUCGUACGGCGAGGCACUGUUCAGGUUGUGGGUGGAGGCCCCGAAGAACGACUUUCCGGACUAGACUCACAGGACUCGUUCGCUGGUUUAGCUGGAGUGGGGCCUAGGGAGGAAUCUUCGCGGAACCCAACCCCUCCGAGACAUAUCUUCGAAUGCGGAGGGUCGGGCGAGUGCGCCUUAGCUCCGCAGCAGCGCUGGUAG